CUUUUAUUCUACGUGACUAUUCAACAGGGUUUGGGAGGAGCGUUUGGUGAGAACAUUGCUUGGAAAAACUAUGCUGACGGAAUUGAAGCGAUUCGUGUGAACCACAAGCCAGGUAUGCUGGUUUUCCAUAGAAAGUCUUGCCCCUCUUGUCUUCGUUUGGCGAGAGAAGUCAGGGACAACCAGAAGGUGAUUAAACUAUCUAAACAUUUUGUGAUGGUCAGUUGUGAUGGAAACGAGCCGAAUAGUGAACUUUUUACUUUUGAUGGCAACUAUUUCCCUCGUGUUUUCUUUGUGUACCCAAACAAUACCAUUGAUUUCCAGUUCGUCUCAAAUCCGCUUAAUUUUCAAUAUCGCUAUUUCUACCGUGGUGCCGACCAUCUGAUUGGACGAAUGAAGGAUUUUUUAAAACUAUUGAAAGAGGAGCAUUCAAGCCAAAUAAAUUCUGAAAAACAGGAAGAGGUUGAAUUAUAA